UUCUUGAAUCUUAUUUCUCUCAUUUUGUGCAGAAGGCAGGAGUCAGGGAUGAGAAACCACACAAUAACCACAUUCAUCCUCCUGGGACUGACAGAAGACCCACAACUGCAAGUUCUGAUUUUCAUAUUUCUACUCAUCUCCUACAUGUUGACUGUGACUGGAAAUCUGACCAUCAUCCUCCUCACAUUAGUGGAUUCCCACCUUAAAUCUCCCAUGUACUUUUUCCUCCAAAAUUUCUCCUUCUUAGAAAUCUCGUUCACCUCUUCCUGCAUUCCAAGAUUCUUAUACAGCUUAUCAACAGGUGACAGGACCAUUACCUAUGGUGUGUGUUUAAGCCAACUGUUUCUCACAGACUUGUUUGGAAUAACAGGAUUUUUCCUUCUUGCCACCAUGUCCUAUGAUCGAUAUGUGGCCAUCUGCAAACCCCUGCACUACAUGACCAUCAUGAACCACAGGGUCUGCCAAAGGUUUGUCUUAGGCUGCUGGACAAUUACUUUGUUGAUCACAACUCCGCCUUUUAGCUUUCUAUUAGACUUGGAAUUCUGUGAUUCUAAUGUUAUUGAUCACUUUCUCUGUGAUGUCAAUCCUAUCAUGAAGAUCGCAUGCACAACUACACAAUUUAUAGAGCAAAUGAUUCUUAUCUGCUCUGCAUUGCUCUUAAUAGUUACUCUCUUGUGUGUGGUUUCGUCCUACAUAUAUGUUAUCAGAAAAAUUCUAAAAUACCCCUCUGCCCAACAAAGAAAAAAGGCCUUUUCUACUUGUUCGUCCCACAUGAUUGUGGUUUCCAUCACCUACGGGAGCUGCAUCUUUGUCUACAUCAAACCUUCGGCAAAGGAUGAAAUGGCCAUUAAUAAGGGGGUGACAAUGCUAACGACAUCCAUUUCCCCCAUGCUAAACCCAUUUGUUUAUAGUCUGAGGAACAAACAAGUCAAACAAGCCUUCAAUGACUUAGUCAAAAGAAUUAUGUUAUUCACAAAGCAUUAA